UUUCAGGCAGGCAAGUGAACGCUCCUCCAAGUGGAGAAGUCUUUUCCUCUACAUACAAAGUAACAUAAAUACACAGUUUUUAUCUAACAACAAUGGGCGGACAAGCAAAAACUAAAAAGAAAAGCAAAGCUAAAAGAAAAGACACCAAACCAAAUGGAGGUGCCUUGAUGUCACCACAGGAAAGAAUGAAAGCAAAGAUGCAGGAAAGGGCCAAAAAGAAAACAGCUGAAAAAUACACUGUUGAUCAAUUAUUGGAAAAGACUGAAGAGUGUAUAGACAACUUUGACUUUGACAUGGCCAGUCUGUACUGUCAGCGAGCGCUGGAUAUUGAACCAACUAGCCUGACCAUCCUGGACAUGCUGGGGAACAUCUGCGCCGAGCUGGGAGAUGUAGAGAAAGCUAAACAGGUGUAUCUGAAGGCUGUGGAGCUCAGUCCAGAUGAGGGCCACAGUAAGUACAUGUACCUGGGGCAGAUUCAUGCAGGCAUGGAGGCUGUACAGUACUUCAGUAAAGGAACUGAGGUCAUGCUCAACACCAUGGACAAACACACCAAUGAGGCUAGUGCAUUUGGAGCGGCCGCAUUCCCCUCUGAGGUUGCUGUCACAAGGAAGGAGGUCUCUGUGGCUUUCUGUUCCAUCGCUGAGAUCUUCUUCACAGAUCUCUGCAUGGAGGAGGGCGCUGCUGACCGCUGUAAAGAGGCCAUCGAUAAAGCUCUACAGUACGACGAACAUAACCCUGAGGCUCUGCAGCUGAUGGCCAGCUAUCUGUUCAGCAUUGAGAAAACUGAGGAGGGGCGUGACUACCUGAAGAAGAGCGUGUCGUCAUGGUUACCUAGCCUACAGAAAAAGGAAGAGUCAUUGGUGAGCGCAGCACACGACAUGGAGGAGGAAGAAAAUCAGACUAAGAGCAACAUCCCACCAUAUGAAUCCAGAAUAACUACAGCCAAACUGCUGAUCGAGGCCGAGGAGUAUGAGAUGGCCACAGAGGUGUUGGAGGAUCUUCUAGAGGAGGAUGACGAGGUUGUGGAGGUGUGGUAUUUGUUGGGAUGGCUGUUUUAUUUGCAGCUGGAUAAACAAGACCUGACAAACAACAGUGUGAACUUCAGAAAAUCAGCCUGGACGUACCUUAGCAAGGCCAAAAAGCUCUAUGUGAAGCUGCGCUGUGAGGACACACCCAUGUUUGAGCAUACGGAGCAGCUGUUAGCAGAGCUGGGUGGAGGUGAUGAUGAUGAUGAUGAUGAUGAAGCUGGACCUUCUCUAGAGGACAUUGAGGAUGAUUUUAUUCAAAGCAGCGAUGAAGAAGAAGAAGAUGCCAUGGAUCACUGACUGGGCUCUUUUCACUCUUGUUUAUUCUAAUUGUCUUCUAUGGCCUCGUCCAGUCAGAAUAUUAAAACUAAAAGCAGAUGGCUGCAUCUUCA